AUGCGUUGUCUUUGGCAAAUUCUCGCCGCUCUCUUACUCUUUGCCUUGCAAGGCUCGUGUGCUUGCCAUUCAUAUGGUUGGGACUAUGUCGAUGGCGGGACUUACUGCGUCAACACUAAAAGUGAUGAAUACUUCAGCUUCGGUACAGGGUUUUGGGGGUGUACGCCCAAUGAUACGCAAGGUGGCGUAGAGCCCAUCCUCGUCGAUCCAGACAGCAAUGAUGUCCUUUGUUCCGUCAUCCAGACUAAUCCGGACGACGUUAACAUGGUCUCAACCUGCGAUAUUGUUGGCCAUGAAAUUCGAAAGAGCCAGAUGGUGUCCGGCAAAUGGUCGGUCGUCAUCGAGGGUCUCGAAUUCGCAUGGAUGCGGUCCUUCAGCGUCAUUGCCGGGCCGCAGGUCACUAAGAUUGCCACGCCAACAAUUACCAUCAAUCAAACCAUGUCGCCAUCCACAACCGUCACCGUCGUGACGACCAACACUCUUCCGACCACCUUGAGUCCCAGCACCAUCACGAUUCCGUCGACGACAAGCACCGCGACCUCAACAGUGACACCUAAGACAGUGACCACCACUAUCACCAAAGUCAGGACCAUCACCUUGCCAGCGUGGCCGCCGAAAGUCACCAAGACAACGGUGACAAGGACUCAAACAACGGCUUGCAAGACAGCUUCGCGCCGUAACGAUCCGACGUGCACCGUGCAUCCACCAAAAGCGUCUCUUGCGGCAGCUGGAGGGUCCUACGGUCGCUUCCGUCGACAUGCUCCCUAUGUGCCCAGAGCGCCGCCGACGCAGCACUUGAACGACCUUGGCCGUCGCACACCUGACCUCUGCACAACCACCGUGCUUGCUUCCACCGUUGUCACAUCAACGUCAACUAUAACGGCGCCGACCACGACGAUCAGCUCGACGUUGGUGGAAACGGCGACGAAAACCAUGUGGGUGGAUCCUGGUCACACCUGCAGCGGCGACCGUUUAUUCGGGAGCUGCACAGACGACAACUACCAUGACCUUGCCUACGCCAACGGCGACGCAGACCACUUCUAG